AUUUGUCCUCUUUCAAAUGAUUUUGCCACGUCAACUCCUCAGUAUUUCUUGAACGUUCAACCGUGAACGACGUCACUUAGGGAGCAACAUGUCUCACGUUCAAAUCGAUAACGUAAUCAGUCAAAUGGUUUCUCUCUUUUAUUAUAUUGGAUUUUGGCAUCGGGGAGAUGAGCCUACUGCUAAAGAGCUGAGAUGGAAAUUCUUCUAUUGCAUUUAUUACAUAGUUUUCGUCGCAUCGAUGGUGGUUGGAUCAAUGAUAAGUGAGAAAGACGACGAAACUAUAUUUAUGGUGGAAUCAUCCAUCACAGUCGGAGUCUUUAACGUUAAACUUUGGUUUUUAAUUUGGAAACAGAAACCAAUUCUUGAUUUGUUGCAUCGGAUUUGUGUUUUUUCCAUUCGAUAUGAAGAAGACUUCAGGUUUUUCAACGUCAAAUUGAGAGUAUUCAGAAAGUUUGUGAUUUUCUUUUGCAUUAUGGCAUCGGUUGCUUGUUUGGAGGUGUUAUUGGCUCCGUUUAUUGCAAGCAAAAAAAUAAUAAUUUUUGAAAUCGGUUUUCCUUUGGACUACAAAAACAGUGAAAUUGCUUUCUGGAUUGCAAACAGUUUCAUUUUAACUGAAUGUGUUCUAUCAAUGAUAACGACAUUCUUUUCCAUACUAAUUUGGUAUUUACUGUUAUCAUGUUCUCUGAGAUAUAAUUUGCUGGGAAGGGAACUGAAAAGGUUGGGACAAAUCAUCAGCGAAGAUUCUAAGAACGAGAUAUCGGAGAAACAAAAACACACCAUUUUCAUGCAGGAUUUAAAAGCCUCAAUCGACGCCCACUUGCACUUAAAGAAAUUGACCGACGAUCUUGAGUCAUUUACUUCGCACAUGCUUUUCCUUCAAUUUGGUACCAGUGGACUAUGUAUUUGUGGAUCGGUUUACUGCCUAGCAUUUGAUGUCGGCGAUAAUGUAUCGAAACGUUGCAUGCAUGUGUUAAUGCUCUACUAUUUCAUUUCCGAUCUAUUCAUGAUUACGUACUUCGGGAAUGAGAUAAUGUUCUCAAGUAGUCGUGUCUCAUACAGCUUGUUCGAGUCGGAGUGGAUCGAGCAGCCACAGUCGACCAAGAAGAACAUUAUCAUUUUUGGAGAAUAUUUGAAGCAACCCCGUGUGCUGGUGAUUGGCAAAUUGUAUCCAUUAACUUUGGAGACAUUUACACGGAUUUUAAAUUCAGCCUACAGCAUGUUCAACAUUUUGAAAAGUUUUCAGUAAUGAAGAGAAUAGUGGGGUGAGAAUCGACAGAUCAGCAUAAAUAAACGGACAUUAAUGUUACGGAUAUCAUACAAUUUUUCUGCUGAAUUUAUCACAUAAUAUUUGUUGCACUUAGAUCACAUGAAUUGUUAAUUAAUCAAAGUUAUUGUUAAUUAUGACGACACCUAUGUUUGAAUUUGAUGGGCACACGAAUAUACGAUAAUACAAACAUUCAAGGUUCUGGAAGAAUAGGCUGAGACACUCACGAAGGCGGGUGAAAUCAAAUUUGUAACGAUUUACUUUCAAUAAACUGUGACAU